AUGGCCAGUCCAGCUCUGAUCAAGGGGCUUCUGCGCAGCUCUCUGGUGAAUAACCGCACUCAGGCCAAAGUGGCGGAGGAGCUCGGGAUGCAGGACUUCGCCAUCACCAACGACAAAACCAAACGACCCGUGGCUCUGAGGACCAAGACUCUGGCCGACCUCCUGGAAUCCUUCAUCGCUGCUCUUUACAUCGACAAAGACCUGGAAUAUGUCCACGCCUUCAUGAACGUCUGCUUCUUCCCACGUCUCAAGAGCGUCCUCAUCCUGAGAGCUGGAGCUCCACACCAUGGGGCCGGGCCGUCUCAGAGAAAAGCUUCAGGUUAG